AUGGUGGAGGAAGAGGUGGAAGAACCUGAGGAAGAGGCUGAGAAAAUGGUGGAGGAAGAGGCUGGAAAAAUGGUGGAGGAAGAGGUGGAAGAACCUGAGGAAGAGGCUGAGAAAAUGGUGGAGGAAGAGGCUGGAAAAAUGGUGGAGGAAGAGGUGGAAGAACCUGAGGAUGAGGUGGAAGAACCCGAGAAAGAGACUGAAAAAUAUACAGAGGGAGAAAAGCAAGAGUGGUACAUGGUUGUCUACGAAGCCAGUACUUGUGAAACGAAAGAAGCUGACAAGGGAGCAGCCAAGCCUUCUGGAACUGGGGUCAAGCAUAGGCCAAAACAAAUGGCGUUGAGGAAGCACGCUCCUAAGCAGACUCCUAAGCCGAGGGGUAGACCGAGAAAGGAUACUCAGCCAAAAAAGUUCACAACGCCAGAACAGACAAAAAGGAAACGUUCACGUUCACAGUGGGUUUCCACUCCUUUCACUGAAGCUAACACUGAUGAGAUUUAA